GAGAACAGCCAUAAACACUAACGUGGACUGACCUCUGCCUCAGUCCAGCGGCGACAGAAGAAACAAGAUGCACAAAGCGGUCAGCAGAACAAACCUGAGGCUCCUGACGAGUCUCAUCCAGCGGUUUCAGAGCACGCUGGUGGUCGCCGAGCACAACAACGAGAAGCUAACGCCCAUCACCCUGAACGCCAUCACUGCUGCCGGUAAACUCGGGGGAGAGGUGUCCUGUCUGGUUGCUGGGACAGACUGUGCAAAGGUCGCAGAGGAGCUGAGCAAAGUCCAGGGGGUAAAGAAGGUUUUGGUGGCUCAGCACGACUGUUACAAAGGUGGACUUCCAGAGGAGCUAACUCCCCUUGUUCUGGCAACACAAAAGCAGUUUAACUUCACUCACAUUUGUGCUGGUGCGUCUGCGUUUGGAAAGAAUCUCUUGCCCAGAGUAGCAGCCAAGUUGGAUGUGGCCCCAAUUUCAGAUAUAAUUGAGAUCAAGACUCCAGACACUUUUGUCAGAACGAUCUAUGCAGGAAAUGCUGUCAGUACUGUGAAGUGUAAUGAUCCAGUCAAGGUGUUCACUGUGAGAGGGACGUCAUUUGAAGCCGCAGCGACUGACGGGGGCAGCGCUGCAUCUGAAACAGUGGCGACCGCUCCAGCUGUGGGCGUUUCAGAGUGGCUUGAGCAGAAUCUGACCAAGAGCGAUCGUCCAGAGCUGACCAGUGCGAAGGUGGUCGUUUCUGGAGGCAGAGGACUGAAGAGUGGGGAAAACUUUAAACUGCUUUAUGAUCUUGCUGACAAGUUGAAUGCUGCAGUUGGUGCCUCCAGAGCUGCUGUAGAUGCCGGAUAUGUGCCUAAUGACAUGCAAGUCGGACAAACUGGAAAAAUUGUUGCACCGGAGCUGUACAUCGCUGUGGGGAUUUCAGGAGCUAUUCAACACCUCGCUGGAAUGAAAGACAGCAAGACUAUUGUCGCAAUCAACAAGGAUCCAGAGGCGCCCAUCUUCCAAGUGGCGGACUACGGCCUGGUCGCUGAUCUUUUCAAGGCUGUCCCAGAGAUGACUGAAGCCUUGAAGUGAUGGAGUGAGAUGGGAAUAAUGAGUGUUCAUCUACGUCAUUCUGAUGUUCUUGUGGAAUCUGUGGGGCACACGGAGCGGCUGAGAGAGUGCGCCACCUAAAGGACAGGCUGUUAUCUGUAGAUCUGUAUAUAUUUAAUUAUAUGUGAAAUAUUCAAAUACAAAGAUUAAUCCCAUGGCGCAGAGACGUCUCCCUCAGCAGCUCCAAAGAGGCUCGUAGAACAACACCGGUGUCAUUUCUACUUAUUUCAGAGCCUGGUUUUAUUCUCGUUAAUAAAAAAAUAAAAAAAAGACUCAAAAUAGCAGAUCUACUUUGGGUUUUUCUGGUAAUAAAAGUGAUUUAAAAUACAGCGCUCUGACUCAUUAAUUUGAUCUUUUAUUCAUAUGCGUAUUAAAUCCCUGUACAGUCUUAUUUUUAGUGAGCAUGGGAACAUGUUAGAAUAAACAAGAUAAGUUUGAAAUAUUUUGAACAAAUUAAGUUGGUCGUCAGCAGCAGCUCCUAAGUCAUUUAGUUUUGUCUGUAACGAUGGUUUUAUAUCUACAGCUAAACAGCAGGUGGAGACUCGUAUGGCUCAUUUUACAGGUAGGUAGUUUGUAGCAUCGUUAUCCCCCUUAUGGCACCAACACAGCGAUUUAAACCAAAUAAAAGAUUUUUCCACAAAAUUCCGUCAAAUCAACACAAAUGUUUAAGUUACAAAGAGCUCAUUAGUAAAAUCUGCAUCUAAACUGUUACAAAGGGUAUCAAACGAGCCAUGUGUUUCAGCAGGAUCACAUGGAGUCUGCUCUGAAGCCUCCAGAGUUUUGGUUAAUGUCUGUUCCUGAAGAGUAGCCUGAAAGAGGUGAGUGGUUUGAGCCGUCAGAGGAGAGUACAGCUCCCGGAGACUCCAGCGGCUCCGUGUGUGUUAUGUAUGCGAGUGUGUGUUAUGUCUUGGAGAGGCGUUUGAGCGAGACCUGCACCGGCUCCAUGAGUCUAUGCUUCUCGUCGACUAGCGGCUCGUUGCUCUGCACUUGGAUGAGCGCUUUCCCGUGCAGUGCCCUCUCCUGGUUCUUGUUGUAGAUGUUGAGCCUGUGUUCCAUUUCAGGGCUGCUUUUCGUGGACCCUGUCGGACUGGGAGGUUUGAGGUUGACGGGAUCUAAACCUUUCUGAGUUAAACAGGAGUGUUCAGACAGGGAGGAGAGCAGUUCCUGCACCACGGCACUGGGACUGCCCCUGACCAGAGGGCUGCUGUAGGGCGGGGGGUAGUCUGUGGAGGUGGAGGCCUCUCUCACGGUGGAGCUGCAGUCGAUGCUGGAGGCCUCGCUGACGGAGCUCUCUGUCGGGUGGAGACGUCCUGAGCUCAUGGCCUCUGCGCUCAC